AUGGAAGAUAAGCAAAUUAUGUCGCUGCUAUUGGACGAUUGGCUUCAUGAGUCUUCUUGGCUGGCAGACAAGAAGAGUAUCGUGGUAGGCUCGCCGGGUAUUGGCAAGUCGACUCUGUUGUGCGUGAUGGCUUUUCAUCUCGUUUUCAAGCACAAGAAGAAUGUGCUGGUGUACCGACGAUUGCGCAAAAAAAAUCAGGCGGAUUGUCUCUUUUAUUUGGGUUACGAAGAUGGCAAGGUUGUGCAGUUUGCAGUGAAGGGAUGCGAAGACCGGACUGCGAUAGACAUAUAUAAAGAGCUCGUCCACCAACAGGGCAUAUCGAACGUAUGGCUGUUGUUGGAUGGAUUUCGAAUUGUGAAGCUUAAGUCUACAUCCGACAAGAAGGGCAAUGUAGCGUAUCUUCAAUUUACUGUCACGGCAAAGCAUGGCAUUGACAGCAACCAGUUGAAAGAAAUGAACAAGAUUUUUUACCCAGAUGAUGUCAAGGAAGCUGGUAAUACCGAGUCACCAAUUUACAUUGCGAAUAAAUAUGGUAUUGCCGCCGAUGGCCCGACGAACGAUACGAUUGUCAAAUCGUUACUGCCCCAUACGCACAAUCUUCGAAAGCGACAACGCCUAGAGGAAUAG